AUGGCGAUAGUGACAGCUGCGUUGGCAGUCAAAAGCGGCAUGAAUCACUUGUCGUCCACGUUGAUGGGCCAAUACGAGAUCCCAUAUAACGACUCCAAGCUCGCCAAGAAAACGGUCGGAGACCGCCGCGGGGUUGGAUUUAUGCGGCUCAAGAUUUACAAGGACGACAAGGGCCCCACUGGGAUGAACUACGAAGUGAUUGCAGUGGGGCUGGAGGGAUACUCAGCCCCAACCAAGACACAGAUACACGCGGCACACAAAGGCUGGAAUGGGGAGAGGGUGAUCGACUUGCCUUGCCACUAUGUGCGCCAGCAACAGCAGGGCAGGCGCAAGCUCUGGCGGUGCGAGGGUUCGCUGGGGAUGCGCGAGAUAAGGCUGUGGGACGACCUCAGAUCCGCACUGGUGGCAAUCGAUGAGAGGCCGACGAGCUUUUAUGGAAACAUCCUUACAAAGCGGUACCCUGAUGGCGCAGUGCGUGGCCAGUUUAAGAAGGCAUAG